AUGGUUGACAAGAUGGGUGCUCUGUUCGACAAGCGGAGGUCAUUGAAACUGGAAGAUUACACGUUGAGGGCUGAACUGAAUGUACCAAAGGGAAUCGAUUCAGCAGGUAUUGUAGCUCGAGUUGCCGAGAUCAACGAGCGAAUCCAGGAGGUCGAUAGAAAGAGACGUGACAAGCAUGCGCUCCACUGCAAGCCUCAGCUGCUGGACGAGAUUGACCAGUUGAAUGCGGAGCUCACGGUGUUGAUGGGGAAGGUUGACGGUUCAGAUCCUCGAAAAAGCCUCCUGAUGAUCAACCCAGAGCACUGA